GAGCCGAAGAGCGCCGGAGGAGGCGGAGGGGCUGCGGGCAGCGCCGGCCGCCCGGCCACGGAUUUCCAUGGUGCCGGGGGCCGCCUGCGUCCCCCCGCCCUGAGCCGGGAGGCGGGCGGCAGCGGAGCGGCGAGGGCUGAACCAUGUGAGGGACAUUGCCGGGGCUCAGGACGCGCGCGGGGGACGCGGAGUUUGCCUUUCCCAGGAUGGAUCAGAGGAGGAACUGGCCUCGGGCACUGGACUCUGAUGGCUGGUCAGCGGCUCUGCUCUGCCUCCUCCUGGCCUCGCUCUCCCGGGACGUGUCCAGCAACGCCUUGUUCAACACUUUCCACUCGGAGAACCGGGACUGGACGUUCAACCACCUGACGGUGCACCGGGGCACCGGGGCCGUCUACGUGGGGGCCAUCAACAGGGUGUACAAGCUUUCGGGGAACCUGACCAUUCUGGUGGCUCACAAAACCGGUCCCGAGGAGGACAACAAGUCCUGCUACCCGCCCCUCAUCGUGCAGCCGUGCAGCGAGGUCCUCACGCUCACCAACAACGUCAACAAGCUGCUCAUCAUCGACUACUCCGAGAACCGGCUGCUGGCGUGCGGCAGCCUCUACCAGGGGGUCUGCAAGCUGCUGCGCCUCGACGACCUCUUCAUCCUGGUGGAGCCCUCGCACAAGAAGGAGCAUUACCUCUCCAGCGUCAACAAAACGGGCACCAUGUACGGGGUGAUCGUGCGCUCCGAGGGCGAGGACGGGAAGCUCUUCAUCGGCACGGCGGUGGACGGCAAGCAGGAUUAUUUCCCCACCCUCUCCAGCCGCAAGCUGCCCCGGGACCCGGAGUCGUCGGCGAUGUUGGACUACGAGCUCCACAGUGACUUUGUUUCGUCCCUCAUCAAAAUCCCCUCGGACACGCUGGCCCUGGUCUCGCACUUCGACAUCUUUUACAUCUACGGCUUCGCCAGCGGCAACUUUGUCUAUUUUCUGACCGUGCAGCCGGAGACCCCCGAGGGCGUCUCCGUCAACUCCGCCAGCGACCUCUUCUACACCUCCCGCAUCGUCCGCCUGUGCAAGGACGACCCCAAGUUCCACUCGUACGUGUCCCUGCCCUUCGGCUGCGUCAAGGGGGACACGGAGUACCGCCUGCUGCAGGCCGCCUACCUGUCCAAGCCGGGGGAGGUGCUGGCCAGGGCCCUCAACAUCACGGCGCAGGAGGACGUGCUCUUCGCCAUCUUCUCCAAGGGGCAGAAGCAGUACCACCACCCCCCCGAUGACUCCGCGCUCUGCGCCUUCCCCCUCCGCACCGUCAACGCCCACAUCAAGGAGCGCCUGCAGUCCUGCUACCAGGGCGAGGGCAACCUGGAGCUCAACUGGCUGCUGGGGAAGGAUGUCCAGUGCACCAAAGCGCCAGUCCCCAUCGAUGACAACUUCUGUGGGCUCGACAUCAACCAGCCCCUGGGGGGCUCGGUGCCCGUGGACGGGGUGACGCUCUUCACCUCCAGCCGCGACCGCAUGACCUCCGUGGCUUCCUACGUCUACAACGGCUACAGCGUGGUCUUCGUGGGCACCAAGACGGGCAGGCUGAAGAAGAUCCGGGCAGAUGGCCCUCCCCAGGGCGGCAUCCAGUACGAGGUGGUGACGGUGUUCAAGGACGGGAGCCCGGUGCUGCGGGACAUGGCUUUCUCCAUCGACCACAAGUACCUGUACGUGAUGGCAGAGCGCCAGGUGUCCCGGGUGCCCGUGGAGUCCUGUGAGCAGUACACGACCUGCCAGGAGUGCCUGAGCUCGGGGGACCCCCACUGCGGCUGGUGCUCCCUCCACCACAUGUGCUCCCCGAGGGACCGCUGUGAGCGGGCAGAGGAGCCGUUCCGCUUCGCCGGCAGCAUCACCCAGUGCCUGAGCGUGGCCGUGCAGCCCAGCAGCAUCUCCGUGUCGGAGCACAGCCUCCCGCUCAGCCUGUGGGUGAAGGAUGCUCCAGACCUGAGCGCCGGCGUCAGCUGCCUCUUUGGGAACCUGACCGAGGUGGAGGGGCAGGUUUCGGGCAGCCAGGUGGUUUGUGUGUCACCACCAGCCAAGGAUGUCCCUGCCAUCCCCGUGGAUCAGGACUGGUUCGGCGUCCUGCUGCAGCUGAAGUCCCGGGAGACGGGCAGGACCUUCGUCAGCACCGAGUUCAAGUUCUACAACUGCAGCGCCCACCAGCUGUGCCUGUCGUGCGUGAACAGCGCCUUCCGCUGCCACUGGUGCAAGUACCGGAACCUCUGCACCCACGACCCCACCACCUGCUCCUUCCAGGAGGGACGGAUCAACGUCUCCGAGGACUGCCCCCAGCUCUUCCCCACGGAGGAGAUCCUGAUCCCGGUGGGAGAGGUGAAGCCCAUCACGCUGAAGGCCAGGAACCUGCCGCAGCCCCAGUCGGGCCAGAGGGGCUACGAGUGCGUGCUCAGCAUCCAGGGCAUCAUCCACAGGGUGCCCGCCCUGCGCUUCAACAGCUCCAGCGUGCAGUGCCAGAACAGCUCGUACCUCUACGACGGGAUGGACAUCAGCAACUUGGCAGUGGACUUUGCCGUGGUUUGGAACGGGAACUUCAUCAUUGACAACCCGGAGAACCUGAAAGUGCACCUGUACAAGUGCGCGGCGCAGCGCGAGAGCUGCGGGCUGUGCCUCAAGGCCGACCCCAAGUUCGAGUGCGGCUGGUGCAGCGGCGAGGGGCGCUGCACCCUGCGGCCCCACUGCGGCUCCCCCGGCGCCCGGCCCUGGCUCGACUGGUCCAGCCACAACGUCAAGUGCUCCAACCCGCGCAUCACCGAGAUCCUGACGGUGUCGGGGCCCCCGGAAGGAGGGACCAGAGUGACCAUCCGUGGUGUGAACCUGGGCCUGGACUUCUCGGAGAUCGCGCAGGGCGUGCAGGUGGCCGGGGUGCAGUGCACGCCCCUGCCCGAGCACUACGUCGUGGCCGAGCAGAUCGUCUGUGAAAUGGGGCAGGCGCUUCCAGGGAUCAGCUCCGGCCCAGUGCUCCUGUGCAUCGGAGAGUGCAAGCCCGAGUUCACGGCCAAGUCAGCGCAGCAGUACACGUUCGUGACUCCAGCCGUGAGUUUCCUGAGCCCCAGCCGCGGCCCGGAGUCGGGAGGGACCAUGGUGACCAUCUCUGGCCACUACCUCGGGGCCGGCAGCCGCGUGUCCGUGCUCCUGGGAAACCAGACCUGCGAAUUCCACGAGCGAUCCAUGAACGAGAUCGUUUGUGUGUCAGCGCCCUCAGCCCACGGCCUGGGGGCUGUUCAGGUCUCUGUCAGCGUGGACAGGGCUCAGCUGGAGAGGACGCUGCUGUUCGAGUACAUCGAUGACCCCAAGGUGCAGCACAUCGAGCCCGAGUGGAGCAUCGCCAGCGGACACACACCCCUGACCGUCACCGGCACCAACCUGGACGUGAUCCAGGAGCCCCGGAUCCGCGUCAAGUACAACGGGAAGGAGUUUGUCAACGUGUGCAAGGUGGUGAACGCCACGGCCCUGGCCUGCCUGGCGCCGCCGCUGAGCCCCGAGUACCGGCCGGGGCUGGACGCCGUGGAGCGGCCGGACGAGUUCGGCUUCAUCUUCAACAACGUCCAGUCCCUGCUGGUCUACAACGACACCAAGUUCAUCUACUACCCCAACCCCACGUUUGAAAUGCUGAGCUCCACCGGGGUGCUGGAGCAGAAGCCGGGCUCUCCCAUCAUCCUGAAGGGCAGGAACCUGUGCCCGCCCGCCCCGGGAGGAGCCAAGCUCAACUACACGGUGCUGAUCGGGGAGACGCCCUGCGCCGUCACCGUGUCCGAGACGCAGCUGCUGUGCGAGCCCCCCACCCUCAGCGGGCAGCACAAAGUGAUGGUGCGUGUCGGGGGCGUCACCUUCUCGCCCGGCUCCGUGAGCAUCGUGUCCGACAGCCUCCUGACCCUGCCCGCCAUCGUCAGCAUCGCGGCCGGCGGCUCGCUGCUCCUCAUCAUCGUCAUCAUCGUCCUCAUCGCCUACAAGCGCAAGUCCCGCGAGAACGACCUCACCCUCAAGAGGCUGCAGAUGCAGAUGGACAAUCUGGAGUCCCGGGUGGCCCUGGAGUGCAAGGAGGCUUUUGCAGAGCUGCAGACGGACAUCAACGAGCUGACCAGCGACCUGGACCGCUCCGGGAUCCCCUACCUGGACUACCGCACCUACGCCAUGAGGGUGCUGUUCCCGGGCAUCGAGGACCACCCCGUCCUGCGGGAGCUGGAGGUCCAAGGGAACGGGCAGCAGAGCGUGGAGAAGGCCCUGAAGCUCUUUGCUCAGCUGAUCAACAACAAGGUGUUCCUGCUGACCUUCAUCCGCACGCUGGAGCUGCAGCGCAGCUUCUCCAUGCGGGACCGCGGCAACGUGGCCUCGCUCAUCAUGACGGGGCUGCAGGGCAAGCUGGAGUACGCCACCGACGUCCUCAAGCAGCUGCUCUCCGACCUCAUCGAGAAGAACCUGGAGAACAAGAACCACCCCAAGCUGCUGCUGCGCAGGACCGAGUCUGUGGCCGAGAAGAUGCUGACCAACUGGUUUGCCUUCCUGCUGCACAGGUUCCUCAAGGAAUGUGCUGGAGAGCCCCUGUUCAUGCUCUACUGUGCCAUCAAGCAGCAGAUGGAGAAGGGCCCCAUCGAUGCCAUCACGGGAGAGGCGCGGUACUCCCUGAGCGAGGACAAACUCAUCCGGCAGCAGAUCGAGUACAAGACCCUGAUCCUGAACUGCGUGAACCCGGACAAUGAGAACAGCCCAGAGAUCCCUGUGAAGGUGCUCAACUGCGACACCAUCACCCAAGUCAAGGAGAAGAUCCUGGACGCCGUGUACAAAAACGUGCCCUAUUCCCAAAGACCGAGAGCCGUGGACAUGGAUUUGGAGUGGCGGCAGGGCCGGAUCGCCCGCGUGGUGCUGCAGGAUGAAGACAUCACCACCAAGAUCGAGGGGGACUGGAAGCGCCUGAACACCCUGGUGCACUACCAGGUGUCAGACCGCUCCGUGGUGGCUCUGGUUCCCAAGCAAACCUCCUCCUACAACAUCCCUGCCUCCGCCAGCAUCUCCCGGACAUCAAUCAGCAGAUAUGACUCCACGUUCCGCUACACCGGGAGCCCCGACAGCCUCCGCUCUCGCGCGCCCAUGAUCACCCCCGACCUGGAGAGCGGCGUCAAGGUCUGGCACCUGGUCAAGAACCACGACCACGGCGACCAGAAGGAAGGAGACCGGGGCAGCAAGAUGGUGUCCGAGAUCUACCUGACCAGGCUGCUGGCUACAAAGGGCACGCUGCAGAAGUUCGUGGACGACCUGUUUGAGACGCUGUUCAGCACGGUGCACCGCGGCAGCGCCCUGCCCCUCGCCAUCAAGUACAUGUUCGACUUCCUGGACGAGCAGGCGGACAAGCACGGCAUCCACGACACCGACGUCCGGCACACCUGGAAGAGCAACUGCCUUCCCCUCCGCUUCUGGGUGAACGUGAUCAAAAACCCGCAGUUCGUGUUCGACAUCCACAAGGGCAGCAUCACGGACGCCUGCCUCUCCGUGGUGGCUCAGACCUUCAUGGAUUCCUGCUCCACCUCCGAGCACCGCCUGGGCAAGGACUCCCCCUCCAACAAGCUGCUGUACGCCAAGGACAUCCCCAGCUACAAGAGCUGGGUGGAGAGGUAUUACGCGGACAUCGCCAAGCUCCCGGCCAUCAGCGACCAGGACAUGAACGCCUACCUCGCCGAGCAGUCGCGCCUGCACGCCGUGGAGUUCAACAUGCUGAGUGCACUCAACGAGAUCUACUCCUACGUCAGCAAGUACAGCGAGGAGCUGAUCGGAGCUCUGGAGCAGGAUGAGCAGGCUCGGAGGCAGCGCUUGGCUUACAAAGUAGAGCAACUCAUUGGGGCCAUGUCCUUCGAGAGCUGAAGAAAGGUCACGGGCAGCAAAGGGCAGAGGAUCGCACGGACUCUCGGGAAUUUGGAGGGAGAACAAGCAAGGAAGGCACUGGACACACCCCCCAAGGCUCUUCUGGAGAGAGCAGAGCCCAGCCCGAGGACUGGCUGUGCUCAAAAAUCACACAGGAUCCAGUUUGAAAGGGCAGGAGGGGAAGAAGAGGAAACAUCUCAAUCAAAGUCCAAGCAAAGAGGAUCAUUUUCUCGAGGGUACACGGAAAGAAGGAACCUGGAAAGCCUGGAUGUCUCCACGACUGCUGCUUUGCAUGAAAAGUGUUUAAUGUAUAUUAGAAAAUAAAACUUUAUUUAAAGGGUUUUUUUUUUUUUUUUAAUUUGAAAAAAAAAAAAAAAAGGAAGAAAAAGGAAAGAAAAUCAAAACCAAUAGAGCAAAAACCACAGAGGCCAUAGAGAUAAUCCUGGCAAGAAGGAUCAGCUCUGAAUCCUGUCCCUGAGAGCCUUCCGAGGACGCGGCUCAGGCAUUCUGCAAACGGACUCUGACGCCCAUUGGAACAUCUGGAAAACCCGAAUGUCUUCGUUUCGGAUUCUUACGACAAAUACGAGCACAAGUUUGCACCACACCUUUUUACACAAGCGAAAGAGCAGUUUUGCCCAAAAAUAGUCCAGUGGCUGAGUAACUUAGAGGCACUAGAAGGAACUUUACCUGAAUUGCAAAACCAUCAGAUCAUCCGACCUGUCUUGAAAUCCAGCUUUAUCCAUGUAUUUAUAUAGUGUCAAUAUAUAUAUAUUUUUUUUUUUUUUUUUUUAAAUCCCAUUUACUGUCGAAUGAGGAGAGAUCUGAAUUUCAUUGCUUUUCCUUUUUCCACUCCCCAUCCCACCUUGCUGGCUGACGGUCAUCCAGCAGUGUCCAGCAGUGUCCAGCAUGGCCAUGGCGAUCCAGCAGUGUCCAGCAGUGUCCAGCUGUGUCCAGAAUGGCCAUGGUGAUCCAGCAGUGUCCAGCAGUGUCCCGCAUGGCCAUGGCGAUCCAGCAGUGAUCCAUUCAGUGUCCGCUGCUGGUUCCUGCAGGUGCCACGUGAGCCAAGGCAGAGCUGGGCCGACACCUCCAGGGCUGGUUUUGGGAGUCUCCAGCAGCUGCCUCCGAUUUCUCGCAGCAAAACCCCCAAACCCCGAUGUUUACGGUGACAAUACUUGAAAAGCCUGGAUGCUGGGAGAGCAGAUUUUUGUUGUUUUCUGCUGGAUGUGCGGAGUCCUUUGGCACAGGCUCCCUUUGGGUGUCUCCGCCAGCGUUUGCCGCCUCACCCAGGGCCAGGACUUUCAUUUCCACUGGGAAAGGGAGAGAAAUCUCCGCUCCAGGCAAGAGCAAACCUUAACCAGCACCCCUGGGCCAGCCAGCUCUGCUGUCGUGUCUGUGUCGGCGUCUCGUUGUUCUCUUCAGUUCUUGCUGGCCCUCACGGCCCACGUUCCCGUGACAGGCAAAUGUUUGUGAGUGUUAUUUCUUUCAAAGACACCAAAGCUUAUGUGUGUCCCUUUGUAGAGUGCCAGGAGGGGAAGGAAUGCUGUAAAUAUUUCUCUCUGUAGUAAAUAUUGAUACGUGUGCAGGCUGCAGUGGGGUGGGCAGGGAGAGGAGGCCUAAUGGAAACACGAGCGUUGGCUGCAGGAGCUUGGCAAUGGCAGCAAAAUAAUUCCUGGUGUCUGCCCAGGCAGUGUCACACCAGACUGGGACCGUCGUUUGCAGCCUGCAUAUGUUGAAGGAAGAUCCACUUCCAUCUCCAUCCCCUCCUGCACCAUUCCUGCCUGGAGGAGCCCAGCAGGGCUCCCAGGGAGCUGCUGGCUUUCCGUGUCCUGCAGCCCAGCACCAGGGGAGGGGGGAAGCACGUAGAGAAAUACUCAGGAAACUUGGUUUAAUUACCAUUCAGUAAAAGCCAUGCCAAGUCCACUUUCUUUUGGUAACCCACUUCUGUGAGUCUCUCUGAAAAGCAGAAAAUACUGAUGGUGAUAAUAAUCAACCUCGUGCAAUAAGUUCUUGACAUUUACAGCAGCCUGAGCACUGGAUUUACUGAGACAGGGGGAGAGUGGCAGAAGCAGAGACUGAGAGGCAGAGCAGUGUUCAUGCUCCCUGUUAUCCAAGAGUUCCCUUCCCAGGGAUCCUGCUUCUGCACAGCGAAUCUCAUUUCUAAGGCAAAAAAACCGCGCAAAAGUCCUACUAAAAGUCAGGCACUGCGGAGCCCGGUGCCAGGAAUGUCAUUGGAGCAGUCCCCAGCCUGGCCUGCUCUUCGCUGCAGGUACCACAGGACAUGGCAGAGGGUCAGGCUUUGAAAUCCUGCCGUUUUUUGCUGGUCCUGUUCCUGCUGUUCACAGUGAUCCUUCACACAGGCGAGGGAUUUCCGGAUCUGUUCUAGCUGUGGUUGCUGGUUUGGGUUCACCCGGUUCUCAUGGUACUCUGAAACCCAAAGAGAGCGCUCCAAAAAGCUCCUGAACGAUUUCCAAACACUUCCAAAUAUCAGUCUGGGGAGUUAUCUCUGCAGGACUCACAAAAUACCAGUACAACCCAAAGCAAAGGCCUGGCUGUGCAUCACCUGGGCCUGGUGACGGUGUUCCUGCCCGACAGCCCUCGUGGUGCUCCUCUCUGCAGCUCUUUGAGAGGUUUUGUGUAGCCCUUUUAAUCCUGCUUUCCUCCUCCUGCUGUCUGCCCUCUGGCCAGGAGCAGCCCCUGAGCCAAGGUUUUGUCAUUCCCCACUCCCCUGUGUUUUCUCAGCAGAAGUGGAGGUCCCUGAGCACCCCCUGGAAUCUCUGGGAGAACGUUUAAGGAGACAAGGGGACAACUGAGUUGAUCUUCUGUGCUGUGGGGAUGAUUUGGGCAGAAAGAAAAAAGAGGGAGCAGCAGGAACACUUUGCAAACCAGUAGGCUCUUCUACUUGUGACUGAAAUCCGAAGGAAACAGCAAAAACACCUCUUCCAUCACCUGGAAAAGCUUUAGGAGGAUGGCAGAGAGAACAACACAGCCCUGGCUGGAGGGGUGGCCUAGAAAUACAUUGCCAAGUAACUUCUCAUGGUGGUUGACAUUAAUUACGGAUCUUUACAGGCAAUUAUAUGGAAUGAAGCAGCAUAUCCCCCUGGGGCAAAGCGCCGGGAAUCUCUUGCCCGGUUUGCAUCCGACAUUUCCAUUCCUCCUGUGGGAAGGGGAAGCUUUAGAUCUGGCAUUUUCUUUGCACUCACAGCAAACUGGACGCAAAGUUUGGUCAGGAGGGGGCACUUGCCUUAGAUGAAACGAUUUCACUUCCCUCUCAUUGCCCCCUUCCUCCUGGAAGGCCUCUCGGUGUUUGGAGUCUCCGGUUCACUCCGUUUCAGGUAUUCCGACAUCAAAGUGGGAGACGUCACUUUCCGGGAUCUCUCUGCCUGGUGUCACCGCUUGAAUAAUUCCGUUUAAUCUUCUGCUCAUGAGCUAUCAAAGCACCCACUCCGAGGGGGAGCGAGGUGCUAAUCAAACGCUUCUCCACCUUGAAAGCCUUUAUUAAAACCCCACACAGGAGAGUGGAGCUCGCAGGCAAGGCUGGCCCCGCCGAGGAGCUGCAGCCGCCGAAGCUCGGAGGGUGUGGACAGCGAGUGGUCCAAGCUUUGCCAUAAAGGAUGGAUUUAAAGGGAGGCAGGAGGGAUCAGCACGGCCAAAGCGCUGGAAACCCUGUGAAAUCCAGCGUGGAUAUCCAUGGAAACCCUGGAUAUCCUGUCUGCAGCUGAGUGAGGACCCGCCGUGGGGACCAGCGCUGAGAAACAAAACUGCUGCCACGGCCUCGCUGCAUCCCAGCAGCAUUCCAGGUGUGGAGUUCCAGGUUUGUCCCUGAAGGACGGGCGUGGGGACAGCCAGUGCCUCCCUGCAGGGCUCGGGGCUGUGGCACGCUGGGGACGGCGAGCGCGGCCGCUGCCGCGGUGCCAACAGAGACCUUCAUCACAGCAGUGCCUUCCACACUCUGUCUUAAAAUCCUGGUGGCCCAUUCCCCGUGUCAGCGUUCCCUCCCACCUUCCACUGGACUCCGCAAAAAUGUCCCGAUGUAGGAAACAGUUUGGGUGGGCACGUGGAGGGCAAAGGCCAGAGGGUUUAAGGCUCUGGGGUUGCGUCCUGCACGCUGCUGGCUCCGAGCUCCUUGUGGGGGUUUUAGUGUUUCAGUCGGUGUGGAAGAAGGGUCAGAGCACCCCCUCCUCCAGUGGGCACAGCCUCCAAACAAGGUCUCAUCCCAGAAGUCCCCAGGAGCCAGCAGGGAUGAGGAAGGACGGGUUGGCACAGGGCAGAGCAGCUCCUGGCACAUUCCCUGUGCUGCUCCAGAGCCUCCAGCCCCUUCCCUGGCAGCAGCCCAGCCACGUUCUCCUGUCACUGGCUGUUCUCCAUCCUGUCUCUGUGCUGUCAGAGCUCACCUGUCACAGGGACUCAACUCCCCAAACUAAAUGAAACUAAAACAGACUGACUUGAGUAAGCUGGGCCAUCAGGGAGAGCUCACGUGUGAUUGUGCCCUGGAGAGAAGAAAAAAUGUUCCGAGGAGGGUAAAUAACUGACAUCAAAGAUGCCUUUAAAUGCCACAGAGCUUCAGCCAUCCUGUUCCAGAACCACGUUUGUACGAGGAAUCACAAGGCAAUAGUGCAGGGAGCUGUGACCUUGUACAGAGCUGUGUGAGGAAGAGCUCGGAGCACAGCCCUGUCCUCGGUGAAAACACCCAGCCUGGACCCAAAACCAGAGACCAGAGGGUCAGAGGCUGAGGGCAAAGCACUGGGGACAGCUCUGGGGCCACUUGCAUGGUUUGGUUUUAUUGAUGAUGGGACAUCCAGCGGGGAAACAAUCGGAGUAAGAGAUGCCCGUGGGCACCGCCGGGGAUCUGCUGAGCUGAGCAACCCCAAAUGUGCAAUUUCCGUGCAGUUUGGUCGGUUUAGUUUUGCAGAGAAAGAGGCUGGGAGCCUUUGGACCAGUUUUGGCUGUCUGGAAGGCUUCGUGCAAAGCCCCAUCACCGUGAAAACCCCCAGAUCCAGGUGCCUGUCCUGUUCUGGGCAGGCCAUGGAGCAGCGGGAGCCCCAGCUGUGGGUGGUUCCUGGUGCCUUCCUGGCUCCUGGAAGAAAACUGCGGCUCUGUGAUGUGUUCCCUGCACCCCAGGGUGCUCUUCUGGGUGCUGGGACCGUGCUGGGGUCAGAGAUGGGGAGGUGGAGGGUGGGGCAGUGCGGGGUGGCAGAGCCCGACUGCUCCUUGCUGGAAAAGCCACCGCAGGCCCUGCAGGGUGUCCGUGCCCGCCUUGCUGAGGCGGCACCCGGCGGUGUCGUGGCCGUGCCGUGAGCGUGGCAGUGUCUCUGUGCUUGUUCUUUCAGAUCCCCCUUCGUCCCCGUGUUUCCCAUCCCUCUCCCUCUUUUGUAACCCUGCAAAAAUUGACCUUUCUGCAGCGCUGAGGAACCACGCUCCAAGGGCCUGCAGAGCCCGUCCAAUUGCACGGACAAUAUCCCAAAAAUCCCAAACUCCCUGGGCCUCCCGAGGCUGCCAAAUCAAACUCGAGAUCUCCUGUAUGGCCUUUCCUUUGGGAUUUUUAAUACCUCUGUUUUGAGUAAGCUCGGAAGUUUAUGCAACAGCUUCUCCAGCCGCCGUUUCCAUCCCGAGGGCUGGGCACACAAAGGUGCGAGAGGAGGCGUGGGGAGGGAAGAGAGCUGAUUUCGCCACGUGAUUUCAUGGCUUCAGAAGUAGCAGUAAAAAUGUCCUUCUCUUACCGCUGAGUUUUGGUGUUGGGGGCUGUUAGGAGAAGCAGCAAGGGGAAGGGAAUGUACAGGUACUAAAACUUCUGCAGCCCCCCCCCCAAAAAAAAACGCCACAGAAUGUAGAGGUAUCAGCCAUGGAACAGAUUCCGAUUUCUUCUUCCCUUUCUCCUUUCAGACCAACCCCCAGCAGUUUUAGGGGAUUUGUGUAUUGGCAGGAACAAGGAAUUGAUUUGUAUCUGUGCCCAUUCCACCGUAUCGUUCUCUGGCUCCUCCCCUCCCCGUUAUACUUGACACACUGGAGUUCUGUAUUAUAUUUUUUUUUUAAGAUGAUUGUCUGUUUUUUGUUGUUUUUACAAGUGUUGUGGAAAAAAAAAAAACAAAAACAAAAACAAAAGAACAAAACAAAUGUAAGAAAGUUUAUGUAUUUAAAAAUGUUCCAAGGAAAUAAAAGGGGGUUUUGUUAUUAUUCUAAUAUAUUAUUGUGUACCUAUUGUAAAUAUGAAACACUCCUAUUUUGCAAGCCAAGGACUCACUUUGUA